AUGUCAACAACUACUACAACUACCACCACAAAUUCAACUGAUUCCAAUAAUGUUGGUGAAAGAAUCACCAAAGAUAACAUGGAGAGUGUUUGUAACACUUACAGAGAUGAUUGGCCUGAUUGGAGAAAGCAUCUCUAUCAUAAUGGUUGGGCUGUUGUUAGAGAUGUUAUACCAACAGAACGUUGUAAGGUAUAUAGUGAUUCAUUCUGGGAUUGGAUAGAGAAUUUCAAUACAGGUGUAAAGAGAAACAGUAAAAAAUCAUGGGAGACAGGAAGUUGGCCAAGUAGUAUUCAUGGUAUCUUACAAAACUAUGCAUUUGGACAGAAUCAAUUCGUAUGGGAUAUAAGAUCUGAACAACCAAUCAUCGAUGUCUUUACACAGGUGUACAAUACAGAUCAAUUAUUAGUAAGCUUUGAUGGAGGAAAUCUUUCGAAGCCCGUAAAGAAACAAGAUAAAGAUUGGUAUCACUUUGAUCAGGGAAGUAAUAAAUUUGGAUUUAGAUGUGUACAGGGUUUCCUUAAUUUGAAUGAUUGUCAAGAUAACGAUGGUGGAUUGAUUCUUUAUCAAGGAUCACAUCUGAAACAUGACCAGUAUUUCACAGAGACUGGUAUAGAUUCAAAGGGCGAUUGGUACAAGUUUGAGGUUGAACCUAACGAACUAAGUUAUUUCAAAGAUUGCAAAAAGAUCAAAGUAAACUGUAAUAUUGGUGAUAUCGUACUUUGGGAUUCGAGAACCAUUCAUUAUGCAUGUGCCCCAACUUCAGAUAAAUGCCGUAUGGUAGUUUACGUUUCUUAUCAACCAGCAUCAUUGAUAUCGGAGGCCGAUCUAGCCAAAAAAAUCAAUUGUUUCAACGAGAAGAGAAUGACAUCUCACUGGGCAGCUGAAAACAUCAAAAUGUUUGCCAAGAAUCCAAGAACCUUUGGAGACAGCGAUGUCAUCAAUAAAUUCAGAUAUGAUGAGGGAAGACUACCAACUCUUACACCAAGAGCUCAGCAACUAGCAGGAUUGGUACCAUAUGAAAAUCAAUUUGAGGAUCAAUAUGAAUAA